CGGGAGCGCGCGGCAUGCUGGGAAACGACCAGCGGGAAUCCUUUGGCUGAGCAGCCUCUUGAUUCUUCAGGGAGCCGAUCGGAGAAAGCGGGCUAGAUGGCGGAGUCCUGCAUCCCUGGAAUCCUUUAAGGGGCCCUGCGCGUGGGUCCCUUAAUAGGUUAUGAGAAGGCACCAUGGAUCAAUAUAGCAUUCUUGGCCGUAUUGGAGAAGGAGCCCAUGGCAUUGUUUUCAAAGCCAAGAACAUAGAAACUGGGGAGACUGUGGCCCUGAAGAAAGUGGCUCUCCGCAAGCUGGAGGAUGGGAUCCCCAACCAAGCCCUGCGGGAGAUCAAGGCUUUGCAGGAGAUUGAGGAAAACCAGCAUGUGGUGCAAUUGAAAGACGUUUUCCCUCAUGGCACAGGGUUUGUGUUGGUAUUUGAGUAUAUGCUGUCUGAUCUGUCCGAGGUGAUCCGCAACUCUGAACAGCCUCUUACUGAAGCCCAAGUGAAAGGCUACAUGCUGAUGCUGCUCAAGGGGGUGGCUUUCUGUCAUGCCAACUCUAUUAUGCACCGGGAUCUGAAACCAGCCAAUUUGCUGAUCAGUUCCACAGGGCAAUUGAAAAUUGCUGAUUUUGGUUUGGCUCGGGUGUUCACCAGUGAUGGAGACAGACUAUAUAGCCAUCAAGUGGCCACCAGGUGGUAUCGGGCUCCAGAACUGCUGUACGGUGCUCGAAAGUAUGAUGAAGGUGUAGACCUGUGGGCGGUCGGCUGCAUCUUUGCUGAACUUCUCAACAAUUCUCCCCUCUUCCCUGGAGAAAAUGAUAUUGAGCAGCUGUGUUGUGUCCUCCGGGUGCUUGGCACACCUAAUCAAAAGACCUGGCCGGAGAUUACAGAGUUGCCUGAUUACAACAAAAUCUCCUUCAAAGAGAAGCAGCCCAUCCCUUUGGAGCAGGUGGUCCCUGAUGCUUCUCCACAAGCAGUGCAGCUCCUGAAAGAAUUCCUGGUUUAUCCUUCGAAGCAACGUAUGCAGGCAGCCCAGGCACUUCUGCAUCCCUAUUUCUUCACGCCCCCUCUGCCGGCCCACCACUCAGAAUUACCAAUUCCCCAGCGUGGGGGCAAAAAGAUUCGUCAGGGGCUCCAGCACCAGCGUGAUUUCCAUGUGGAGCAGCCCCUGGAAGGGUCAGUUGUAGAUCUGGAACUGGUGGCACCGUAUGUGAUUGAUGUAUAAAAUUGCUCUCCUUUAAAGUCUGGCUUUUAUACCA